CCACCAAGACGACGGUCUCUUUCCUGGAGGCCUGGCCACGGCACCCAGCACGGUCCCCACGUCCCCGGGGUAGAGAGAAAGACCUGGAGGCCAGGCCAGCCACAGGAAGUGCAGGAAGCAGCCAGCAGGGAGGGAAGAUGGGGCACCCCCUGGGCCCCCACAGCACCCCGGCCCCGGCCGGCACCACGGCUAUACCCAUUCCGGACCUCAUCGCCAGGCUCCCUUGGCCCCGCUGGGCAAUCAUUGCCAUUGCUGUGGCUGCCGGCGUCCUCAUGGUCUCCUGCCUCCUCUGUGCUGUCUGCUGCUGCUGCCGCCGUGGCCACAGGAAGAAGCCCAGGGACAGGGAGGCUGUGGGCCUGGGCAGUCUUCAAGGGACCACCAGCUCCCACCUGGUGCAACCGGAUGUGGAUACCUCAGAGACUGCCAUGGAGGACGCCCAGCACUGGGGGCGCCUGCAGCUCUCCCUGGAGUAUGACUUCUCAAGGCAGGAGAUCAAGGUGGGCCUCAAGCAGGCCGCGGACCUGAGGGCCUGUGGGCCGGGUGGCACGGCGGACCCCUACGCCCGCGUCAGCCUCUCCACCCAGGCAGGGCACAGCCACGAGACGAGGGUGCACCGCGGCACACUCUGCCCCGCGUUUCAGGAGACCUGCUGCUUCCACAUACCGCAGGAAGAGCUGGCUGGGGCCACGCUGCGGGUGCAGGUGCUGGGCUCCAAGCGCUUCUCUGCCCCCGAGCCGCUGGGGGAGCUCAGCCUGCCGCUGGGCGCCGUCGACCUGCAGCACGUCCUGGAGCAGUGGUACCAGCUGGGCCCGCCAGGCGCCGCGGAGCCCGAGCCGUCGGGAGAGCUGUGUCUCUCGCUCCGCUACGUCCCCAGCUCGGGCCGGAUGACCGUAGUUGUGCUGGAGGCGCGAGGUCUGAGCCCGGGCCUGGCAGACCCAUAUGUGAAGGUCCAGCUCAUGCUGAACCAGCGAAAGUGGCGGAAGAGAAAGACGGCGGCUCGCAAGGGCACCGCCUCCCCCUACUUCAACGAGGCCUUCACAUUCCUUGUGCCCUUCAGCCAGAUCCAGAGCGUGGACCUGGUGCUGGCUGUCUGGGCCCGGGGCCCACAGUUUCGGGCUGAGCCGGUGGGCAAGGUACUGCUUGGUGCCCGGGCCUCUGGUCAGCCCCUGCGGCACUGGGCAGACAUGCUGGCCCACGCCCGGCGGCCCGUCGCCCAGUGGCACCCCCUGCGUCCGGCCAGGGAGGUGGACCGUGCUCUGGGCCUGAAGCCCCGCCUGCAUCUGACCUUGCCUGGCUCCCGGGACUGAGGUGGGGGUGCUGUCCUGGCUUCCCCGGGGGACACCGUAAUAAAUCCUUGUUCUUGC